GGGAAGAGUGUGGGUGGAGCAGCCUCAGGCACAUCACCCUUGCAUCGCCCCACGGGGUUUCAGCAGCCCCGUUGCUGCUCAUCUGCGCAUCCCUGUACCUGCCUGCGCCUGGGCGAGGCGACAGCCUUCCCCGCAGCGCUGCCGGACGGAGAAACAGAACGCCAAGGACCUUUUUGGGCUGCCCUGUGGACAGCGUGAGUGGCUGGGGUUCCCUGGGGAGCGUGCACCACUGCUGCUGGCCUCUUGCUGGCCAGAGACCCCUCCUCGCUACCUGCAGACUGUGGGAUGCUGAGCUGGAUCGAGCGAGUGGUUCCCCAGCCCCCGGCGCCCCAUCCGACAGAGGAGACGCCCCCGGCCCCAGUGCAGGACCCGGAGCCGGAGAAGGCACCAACAGGAAAAGCCAGUGGCCCUGGGGAUGCUGCUGACCACGCACACACCGAAGAGGUGGAUAAGAAUGUGGGACCUGCAGUCCCCGAGGACCCAGGCACUGUGUUUGAGAGCGUGGGGAGCAGUGUGUUCUCCUGGAUCUCCCAGGGACUGGAGAAGGUGAUUCCCCAGCCGGCCCCGGCGAUGCUGCAGGCACCUGGGAAGAGCUUGGAGACAAGCAUUGACGUUCCUGAUCAGACGGAGGUCCAGAUCCUCAGGGACAAGGAAGAGAAUGCUCUGGUGAUAACCCCCGUCAAUCCGGAGGAGACCAAACCGGAUGACAAGCCUGAGGCCAGCUCAGAUACCAGCACGGAGGAGUGGGCAGGAUCACGGGUGCUCAGCUGGUUGGUGCAGGGCUUCGAGAGGAUAGUGCCGCAGCCAGAGAUGCCGAAAAAAACGGAGCCGGAGCCGAAGGAGCAGAAAUGUGAAGCUGUAGCGGGAGGCACAAAAGGGACUGAUGCCCAGGCACAGUCAAAAAGCAGUGCUGCAGCCGCCCAGAGCGUCCCAGUAGCAGUGGAGCCAGCAGCGGCCAAGGCACAGCCGGAGCCAGUGGCCACCCCCGUCCCUCAGUCCCCCGCUGGGGACGGCAGCAGGAUGUUUGCCUGGUUUAUCCAGGGGCUGGAGAAGGUGAUGCCGCAGCCGGUGACCAGGGAGAAGAAGGACGCCGAGGGAGUGGCCGCAGCAACCUUGAGUCCUGUGGAAGAAAUUCAUAUUGUCCCUGAGGAACCUGAGGAGACUGACCUCGCCCUGGAAGAGAUCGAUGAUGACUGGAUUAAUGAAGCCACAUGUGAGAUGAUGGCCUGGGAUCGCGAGGCUGAGCUGGUGACAGAUGAUCAUCCUCUUCCCCCCAUACAGGAGGAACCUCAGGAAGAAGAAAACAGGAUAUGGGUGUGCUCCCUGAUCACUGCUGAGGAGAAGGAGGAGGAAGAGGAAAAGGAGGAGGAGGCGGGGGGGGAAGAAGAGGAGGAAGAGAAGAACAAGGUGGAGGAGGAGGAAGAGGAGGUGGAGGAGAGUGCAGGACCCCUGCUCCAGUCGCCUUGUCUCACCACUGAUGAGGGUGUGGAUGAAGUCUACUUUGUAGAGGAGGCCCUCCGGUUUGAGCAGUUGGAAGAAGCUGAGAUAAGUGAUCUCGAAGGCGCUUUUUUACAGGUGGAAGAGGAGACAGCUGAAGCCACUGAAACCGACGCUGAAGGAAAUUACCCCGCUGUGGACAUCAAGGACGUGGACAGCGAAGGCGAUGCUGCGGAGAAUGACGGUUCCCACCUGCCAGUGCCCACCCCCAACGCUCCCAACAUGCUGACGGUGCCUGGCACGGCCCCGCCAUCCCCCAGGAGGAAGCUGCUGUCCCCUGAGGAUGGGCUGGACAAGGGACCAGUGAGCCAGUUGCCCACCCAAGCACUGCUGGACCGGGACAAGGAGCAGAGGGAAAGCCUGCCCGAGCGCAUUGGUUCAGCCACGAGCCUGAGCAGUGCCAUCGUCAACAACCGGCUCCAGGAGCUGGUGAAGCUCUUCAAAGAGAGGACUGAGAGGGUGAAGGAGAAGCUGACCGACCUCGAUAUCACCUCGGAUGAUGAGAGCCCUGCCACAUCCCCCGCCAAGCCGGCGCCUGCGCCAGCACCGGUGCCUCCCCCCGCAGGGGCGCCGGCGGGGGACAAGGCAGCAGGCGAUGAGCACUACUGCGAGAUGCUGUGCUGCAAGUUCAAGCGCCAGCCCUGGCUGUACCAACUGAAAAAUUACCAGUUCCCCAGCAGCAUCGACCCGCUCACCAAUCUGAUGUACGUGCUGUGGCUGUUCUUUGUUGUCAUGGCCUGGAACUGGAACUGCUGGUUGAUCCCUGUCCGCUGGGCUUUCCCCUACCAGACGCCGUCAAACAUCCACUGCUGGCUGUUCAUGGAUUAUCUCUGCGACCUCGUCUAUCUGCUGGACAUCCUCGUCUUUCAGAUGCGGCUGCAGUUUGUCCGAGGGGGAGACAUAAUAACCGAUAAAAAGGCCAUGAAAGAGAACUACAUGCGAUCAGAACGCUUUAAGAUGGACAUGAUGUGCCUCCUGCCCCUGGAUUUCUUCUACUUCAAAGUUGGUGUCAACCCACUCUUGCGUUUUCCUCGAUGUCUGAAGUAUAUGGCCUUCUUCGAGUUCAACAACCGCCUGGAGUCUAUCAUGAGCAAGGCAUACAUCUACAGAGUGAUUCGGACCACUGCCUAUUUAUUGUACAGCCUUCACGUCAACUCCUGCCUCUACUACUGGGCAUCAGACUACGAAGGACUGGGCUCUACCAACUGGGUCUAUGAUGGAGAAGGAAACAGCUACAUCCGCUGCUACUACUGGGCAGUCAAGACGCUCAUCACCAUCGGGGGCCUGCCAGACCCCAGGACGCUGUUUGAGAUCAUGUUCCAGCUGCUGAACUACUUCAUGGGUGUCUUUGCUUUCUCUGUCAUGAUAGGGCAGAUGAGAGAUGUGGUUGGUGCUGCUACCGCAGGGCAAACUUACUAUCGGAGCUGCAUGGACAGUACCAUUAAAUACAUGAACUUCUACAAAAUCCCCAAAACUGUUCAGAACCGGGUGAAAAUGUGGUACGAGUACACGUGGCAGUCGCAAGGCAUGCUAGAUGAGUCAGAGCUACUGGUGCAGCUGCCGGACAAGAUGAGGCUGGACAUUGCCAUCGAUGUGAACUACAACAUCGUGAGCAAAGUGGCCCUCUUCCAGGGCUGCGACAGGCAGAUGAUCUUUGACAUGCUGAAGAGGCUCAAAUCGGUGGUCUACCUGCCUGGUGACUACGUGUGUAAGAAGGGAGAAAUCGGCCGCGAGAUGUACAUUAUCCAGGCAGGACAAGUGCAGGUGCUGGGGGGACCCGACGGCAAAACCGUGCUCGUGACUCUGAAACCCGGAUCUGUGUUUGGAGAAAUAAGCUUGCUGGCGGCAGGAGGGGGAAAUCGCCGAACAGCAAACGUCGUAGCUCAUGGCUUUGCAAACCUUUUCAUUCUGGAUAAGAAGGACUUGAACGAGAUUUUGUUGCAUUAUCCAGAGUCUCAGAAGCUGCUGCGUAAGAAGGCCAAGAAAAUGCUGAACGGCAACAAUAAACGCAGAGACGAGAAAGGAGCGCCUGGAGACCCCCUGAUCAUCCCUCCAAAAGUUGACACCCCAAAGCUCUUCCGGGCUGCCCUGGCUGCCACGGGGAGGAUGGGGAGCAAAGGGCCACUGGCGCAGCUCCGGUGGAGGCUGAAGGAGCUGAAGGCCAUGCAGGCAUCACAGGAUUCCAGCUUCAGUCCGGUCCCACCAAAAUCACCAGUGCACAAGAAAUCGCCUGUCGUCUCCCAAAAACCACGUACCCACCUGGGAGAAGAAAUAUUCUCAAAAUCUUCUGAUAGCUUAGUCACCAUUCGUGUGAUUUCUACUGCACAAGAGGAUGAGGAAAUCCUUUCUGCUGAGGUUUCAGAGAAAGAAGAAGAAGAAAAAGAAGAGGAAUUAAAAACAGAGCAGGAGUAGAAGUCAGGCAAAUGCCUGGGGUAGAAGCUUUUUGUCGUUAACAAUUUCCACGCAGUGGCUGUAGGCUUUGCUAAGUGCUGUAGGUAGGAUCUGCCUUUCUUUUUGGCCUAGACCUUCACCCACUGUUGAUAAAACCCUCUGCCAUAUGACCCAGAACCAUACAAGGUUCCUGUGCUCUGGGGAUCUAUUUUUAUUGAGCGUCUUUAUGAAUAUUCCCACUAAAUGUCAGGCCAGCUCUCUUGCUUCAAAAUCCAGCCUUACAGAGAGGGAGCCUUGAAGAAAUUUCUUUUUAUGGCUCUGGAUUGUUAAUGAGUGUUCAGAUAAAGUGUGAAGAGUUAUUCACCUCUGACAGCUGAGUCACCAGCUGGCCAGAAACAACCAGGGAAAAAGAAAAAAACGCAAGGUUUGGGCUCAAGGUUGUCAGCAGCAGCUGGAGAGUGAUUCAUCCAGAAAGGACGUGGACUAUGCUCACAAGCCGAGCACGGGCUGAAAUGUGCUGUCACGAGAAUGGGCUGAGGUCCGUCCCAGCGUGUACAGGCUGCGAGGUGCUCACGGGUCCCAGCAUGGUGCCAAAACCACCUUGGGUCCCAGCAUGGUACCAAAACCACCUUGGGUUUGCUGCUGGGAAGAGUUCCUGCCAGCCAUCCUCCCCAGGGCGGUGGUGGGCUCUCCAUUGCUGGUGGCUCUUUCAGAGAGAUUUGAUGAGCAUUUUUCAGAGAUGGAGAAGCACGAUCCUGAACGAGGAUGUGUUCCUGAAGAUCCCUUCCAGCCCUGGGUUUCCGCGGGUGCACCAACUUGCUGCUGCCCAGAGGGAUAAACUAAGGGAAGGAAGGGAGAAGCCGUGCUGGUUUCCAGCUGGGAUGGGAAGGGAAGCGCAGUGAGUUCUCCCCUCUCCCAGCCCACAUUUCAGAGUCAGGCCGGACCCUGUAGCAUGCAAACAAGCGGGCACAAGCAUGCAGGUCAUUGCUGGACCUCGGUGACCUGCCACAUUUCCAGCAGCCAGUUUCCAGCCCCUUUCAGCCACUGGGUUGGCUCUUGGCCACGUUUCCGAUGGAGAAGUCACGCUGGCCUUGCUCAUCACAGCAACGGGGGGCUUGCGAAGGCGCUCUCCCACCGGUGCUGGGCCGGGGCGCUGGGUGGGAAGGCAGCUGAUGGCUCGAGGUGUCCAAUCUUCCUCCAGCACCACCGGUUCUUCAUUUUCCCCAAACCCAGCGCCAACUGGAGCGAGCCACUGGUGAGCUGAGAGGUGGCAAGAAGCGGCGGGCGAGACGGGGCUGGGUGGGAUGAUGCAGAUCCUCCCCAAGGUCCCAGCUGACCACCUUUCCGCGGCACCGCUGGCUCCGCCUAGAGCAGCCGGGUUCCAUCCUCUGGAGGAAAAGCUGGGGCAGGUUUUGCUGCAGAGAGCAGCCCUGGCGCCACGGCCGAGGAACUUCUCAGGUGUGCAGCAAACACCGUGAGCGGUGCUGCAGGUUUCACAGGUCUGGCCAUGAGACAGCCGGGCUGCUUCGUGGAGGGUGUCAGCGCCGGCGUCACCCCCCCACGCGGGUGAUUCCCCUCCCCACCAGCAGCCUGGGGCUGAGCUUCACCUCCUACGGGGUCUUCUUAUUUUGUUGCGUUUUUUUUUUCCCCUCUCCUGCAAAAUAAAUAGGUUCCUGUGGCAAAAAAAAAAAAAAAAAAAAAAAAAAAAAAAGCCAGAAUAUAUGUUAGUGUUAAUUAACGAUGGCUUGCUCUCUUUUAAACAAAUUUAAUGAGCUCCAAUAUACCGCGGGAGGGUCUAAAGCCACCACUGCCCUUAACGUUGCAGGGAGAAACCUGGACUCACAAUCCUCCCUAAAUACUUCUUGUCCUCAGUCAUUUGCAGGCGGUUUCCUGCUGGGUAGAAGGUUUUGCUGGGGAGUGCAAAGUAUUUUUUUUCACUAUAUAAAUAUUUAUGUAAUCAAACCAGGAAAUGUGCAAAAGUCAAACUGGCGGUCUGGUUUGCUGCUACAAUUUGAUAUGGUUUAGAAAAAGCAUUUAAAUAAAUAGUGGGCUAUAAUGGCUUUCAUAAUUCACUAUAUCUACAAUAAACACUAUGUAGAUU